UCCCAUCACUUCCCGUUUGACUCGGAGAGCUGGAACUGUAAACAGUGGACAUGAGCGUGUUUCAGACUGGAUUUAUGAGGCUGGUUCAGACCUCAGAAUAACUGCAGUGAAUGAACCCUAUGAGGGGUGGCGUUAAGAGUGUAUAAUGCCUAGCUCCCUCCUGUGGGCAGUAGAUGUGUAUGGGAGGGUGUAUAGCCUGUCCACAACAGGGCAACAGUGGGAGCAGUGCCGCCAUGCCCACCUGGAGUUCAAGCGGGUCUCGGCAGUACAGCAGUGCUGCUGGGGCAUCGCCUGCGAUCACCACAUCUACUUGAACGUUCACGCCAGCGACGUGCGAAUACGCUACCAAGAGGAGACCUAUGAGAAUCAGCGUUGGAACCCAGUCGAUGGCUUCUCAGAUCGACUGUUGCCUAGUGACCGUUGGCAAUGGAGCGAUGUGACUGGGCUGACGCAUCAGCCGCUAGACAGCUUCCAGCUUCCCUCAGAAAACUGGGAGUGGGAGGCUGACUGGUAUGUGGAUGAAAACUUUGGAGGAGAGCCCACAGAGAAAGGGGGCUGGACAUAUGCUAUUGAUUUUCCAGCCACUUAUACCAAAGACAAGAAGUGGAACUCUUGUGUACGUCGUCGGCGAUGGAUACGUUACAGGAGGUACAAGUCACAAGACACAUGGGCUAAGAUCCCCUCGGAGCAGACUGGCUCUCUGCCUGACCCAUUUAAUGACAUAAGCUGUGGUGGUUGGGAGAUCACUGAGGAGCCUAGAGGACGUCUGUCUUUGUGGGCCGUUUCUCUGCAGGGAAAGGUCUGGUUUCGGGAUGGCAUUCACUAUCUUAACCCGGAGGGCUCAGUCUGGGAGGAAGUGUCCACACCAGGGGAAGUGGUUCAGAUUAGCUGUGGACCAGCUGACCUGGUAUGGGCUGUGCUGUGGGAGGGGCAGCUGCUGGUCAGAGAGGGCAUCAGCAGAGACUACCCUAAAGGUAAGCUAAUGUCUAUACAAUGUCUUUCUCAGGGUAAUAUUUUACACAGAGAUGGCUUCAGAAUUUGUCUUGUGCAUCCAAUAAUUUUGCAACUAUUUAUUUCUAAAUUUCCAGGCUCCUCCUGGGUUGUGGUUGAAUCACCAAGUCCAGAAGUCGGUGCUAUACAUGUAGCAGUGGGUGUCAAUGUAGUGUGGGCUGUGACAAAAGAUCACAGAGUUUGGUUUAGACGGGGAGUCAAUUCACACAAUCCCUGUGGCUCUGGCUGGAUUGGUAUGGUUGGCGAGAUGGUGAUGAUUAAUGUGGGCCUCAAUGACCAGGUGUGGGGGAUCAGCUGUGAGGACCGGGCAGUAUAUUUCCGGCAGGGUGUGACAGUCAGUGAACUGAGUGGAAAGUCCUGGAAGGCCGUAUCUGUGCCCAGAGACAACGAGCGCUCUCACUCUAGUGCCAGCGCCAGUAGUCUACAGAGUGCUGGUUGUUAUUUUGGCGGUGAGGUUCACCUGCAAUCACAAGCUUCUGUGCUGAGUGAUGUCGAUUCUGAAGCAGAGAAGGCUACAGAAGGAGCCCCUCCCACCCUGGAGCCAGACGAAGCCCCUAAACCACGAAUUCCCAAAGUGACGAGUGACAGCUUCAUAUCAGAGCUAGUAUCUGAUCGAGAGGGCCAAAUUGGGCGGCAUGAGGGUCCUCCAACUGCCGCUGGACCAUCAAUUCCAGAAGAGGAAGGGACAGAGGUGGAGAUGGAAGGUAAAACUGCCCCCACUCUAGUGCUUUCCCCCAGCCAAUCUGGAGUGCCAGACCCCCAGUGGAGUAAUGUGGACCUGGAGGAGGCCCAGACGCACCUGACUGUAGGGACCGUGGCGGACUCUGCUGAAACCUGCAGCCUGUCAUCUGUAGCCACUUAUAACCUGGGGCUGGAGGAGCAGUAUGGCGCAGACGAGCACCCGCUGUGGGCCUGGGUCAGCGGCGGAGGCUGCGCAAUCGACUCACACUCCCAACUCAACUGGUUCAACUCCACCACAGGUUUGAACUCAUCUAUGCAGGCCAUGUCACUGUCCAUCACACCUACGCAAACUGCAGCCUGGCGCAAGCAGAUUUUUGAACAACUGAGCGAAAGGUCUAAAAGAGAGAUGGAAAACUUCAAACACUACGAACAGGCCAUUGAACAGUCUGUUUGGGUUAAGAAGGGCAGCAUGCAGUGGUGGAGGGACUGGAAGCCUUACAAGUGGAUGGAUGUGCAGUUUGCAGUGGAGCAGUUCUCAGGAGCUGAGGGCAACAAGGAUGGCAUCCUGUUUAUAUACUAUACCUUUAAUGAGGAGAAGAAGUAUCUUCAUGCAUUCAUUAAUGAAGUCACCAUCCUGGUGCCAGUGCUAAAUGAGUCUAAGCACACGUUUGCCAUCUACACAGCUGAGAGGACCAAGCAGAGAUGGCCUAUCCGCCUUGCAGCUGCCACAGAGCUUGAGAUGCAUGACUGGCUGGCCCUGCUCAGUGUGUCCUGCUGCGACUCCCGAGGCAUCCACGGCCCACCCUCCAAACAGGCCAUCUGGUCGGUCACCUGCAAAGGAGACAUAUUUGUCAGUGAGCCCACGCCAAGCCUGGAGGCUUCUCCAUACCCUAUGCCCUGCGACCAAAUGUUCUGGCGGCAGGUUGGAGGGCACUUGCAUAUUGUGGAGUGUAACAGUCUGGGAGUGGUCUGGGGGAUUGGCUAUGAUCACACAGCAUGGGUCUACACAGGAGGCUACGGUGGAAGUUUUUUUCAGGGACUUUCCAGCAGCACUGAUAACAUCUACACACAGACUGAUGUGAAGAGUGUGUAUAUAUAUGAGAAUCAGCGCUGGAAUCCCGUUACAGGCUACACAAAUAGGGGUCUCCCUACAGACCGCUACAUGUGGAGUGAUGCUUCAGGCCUCAAAGAGUGCACCAAAGCAAACACAAAACCACCCUCCCCACACUGGACAUGGGUGUCGGACUGGGCCAUUGACUACAGCGUAUCUGGAGGAACUGACAGAGAGGGCUGGCAGUACGCAGCUGAUUUUCCAGCGUCAUACCAUGGUCAUAAAACUUUGAAGGACUUUGUCCGCCGCAGGCGUUGGGCCAGGAAAUGUAAACUCACCACAACUGGUCCCUGGCAGGAAGUUCCACCCAUCCCUCUGAGUGACGUCACCAUCCUGCCAUGUGGGCUGAAGAAUGCGGUGGAGCAGGUGCUUCUGUGGGCCAUCAGCAACAAGGGAGACGUCCUCUGUCGCCUGGGGGUCACCUCGCUCACUCCUGCUGGAACAUCAUGGCUCCAUGUGGGAACAGACCAGCCAUUUAAGUCCAUCUCAAUCGGAGGAGUAUACCAGGUUUGGGCGAUUGCCAGGGAUGGGUCAGCAUUCUAUAGGGGCUCUGUGUCAGCCCAGAACCCUGCAGGAGACUGCUGGUACCAUAUUCCCUCCCCAAACCGACAGAAGCUCAAACAGGUAUCAGUGGGCAGGACAUCUGUGUAUGCAGUGGAUGAAAAUGGGAACCUAUGGUAUCGCCAAGGUGUAACACCCAGUUACCCUCAGGGCUCUAUGUGGGAGCACAUCUCUAACAACGUGCGAAAGGUGUCUGUGGGGCCUUUGGACCAGGUGUGGAUCAUUGCAGAUAAGGUCCAGGGCAGCCACAGUCUGAGCUGUGGAACUGUUUGCCACAGGCUGGGCGUGCAGCCCAUGGAGCCAAAAGGCCAGUCCUGGGACUAUGGCAUCGGGGGAGGCUGGGACCACAUCACAGUGCGAGGAAACGCCAUGGAGGCUCCCCGUAUCCGCAUGCCAUCACUGACCGACAACAGCAACAGCGGCACAGCACCACGCAGCCCGCUGCUGAGCAGAGAGCCGUCUGAAAUGAACGGCAAUGCUGUAGGAUGUUAACAACACUUCCCUUCAUCCAUAUCCUCUGUACACUGUAGCACUGAAGCUCACAACCCACCCUUUCAGCUCUGUAGCUAAUGUAUGGAGAAAUAUCCACUCCAGCUGAUGUUUAGCCUGUAAACUUCCAGCUUUGUUUUUUCUGUCUUCUAGCAUUUCCCUAAACUCAGUCUGAGAGUAAAGUCUCGCACUGUCAGAGGUUAAUCCUGAAAAUAUUUAAAUAAGGUUCCAACAUUCCAAAUGGAAAAUGUUGUACAGGUCAAGGCUUAAUCCCUGUCUAGGAAACAGACUCAUUGUGUCUUUCAUUAUGUUUUUACAUAGUAUUUUUGUAUAGAAGUUAUUAAUUUUUAUUUAUUCAUUGUCAUUGACUGUACUUAUGUGAGAUUUUUUUUUCCUUGAUGUUGUUUCUUUAUUUGAUUUCAGGGGCAAAGAAUACAAGUAGUGUAUUCAGAACAUAUAGACCGGACUUAAUAUACGCUAGACAAGGUACUCUACACACAUUCAGCUCCUAAACACCAUGAACAAAACAGAGUAUCACGCCUGUUUACAGACUUCACUGACACGACCAUUUAAACAGACAGAAAUGAACUAGCACAAAGAGCACUGAGAAACUCCUAUAGAUUGGAAUUAUUUUAUGCACUUCUGUUGAAGGCUGGUAGCUGAUUGUUAGCUCAUAUUCCGCAUUGAGCACUAAAAAGGGACUUAUGAAGACAUUCAGUCUUCAGGAGUGUUGGGUAAUCUUUUGUAGGCUGACUAUAUGGAAAAUCGGUAUAUUUCAGCUGACCAUUACAAGCUUUCUAUCGUGUUGCUCUCCAGUACAUGUGCAAUACUCAGCAUUUAGACACCGAUAGAGCAGUGUUUCUUUUCUCAGGUAUCAUAGUCUUCUUCAAACUCCCAGUGUACAUUUUAUCCAACUACAUCAUCACUUAUAAACUCAAAGGUAGCACAGAUGAGAGUUUGCGCAGGAUUUAUUUUUCAUCUUUUAAAGUUGUAUUAUGGUAAGUGCUACUGUACGAUUCAUUUUAGGUAGAUUUUUAUGUUGGCAUAAUGUGACAUGUCAAAGUGAAAUGUCAAUUAUGAAUAUUGAUUUUAGGGCAUUAUUUAAGGUUAAGCUGUAAAUAUGAAUGAAAAGGCUUUAUCAUAAAUAUGUAGGUACACAAAAGAAAAGGAGAAAAAAACUGUAACUGUAAUAUAAAUUGUUGUAACUGGCAAAUGUCAAUGUGAAAGUAAGGUGUGUAUAGUUUGCACCAUAUUUCUGUAUACAUUCCGUACUGAAAUGUGUGUGUUAAAGGUUUUAAAAAGGAAAGGCUUCCCAUGUUUUUAACUUCCAUAAUCCAGCUGUAAAAAGCUGCUGUUAUUGUUAGGUACAUUAAAACACCUCAGUGUUGAUGUAUGCAUGGCCUGUGCCCUUUCAAUAAAUGUGACUAUAAAUAAUAACAUUCA